UUAGACCAUUUGAGAAACACACUACCACCACAUGGGCUACACCAAACCAUCUCUUUGAACAACAGCUAGAGGUUUGAUUUGUAAAAUGAACUUCUCCAUGACAAUACUUGACCUGAACGACAGCUCUUAUGAUAAUGACCUGGAGGACGAAAUGUGCGAGCCGUAUGAUGUAGUACAGUUUGAAUCCUUUGCCAUCCCAUCUUUCUUUGCACUUGUCAUCACCCUGAGCCUCGCUGGAAACAUCCUGGUCCUAGUAAUCUUGGCUUUGUACGAAAAUGUCAAAUCUCUCACAAAUAUUUUUAUCCUCAACCUGGCAAUUUCUGACCUUGUCUUCACCACCUGUCUUCCCUUCUGGGCCAUCUACCACGUACAUGGAUGGGUGUUCUCUGAGGCAGUGUGCAAAAUAGUGUCUUUUGUUUUUUUCAUUGGAUUUUACAGUAGCGUGCUCUUCUUGACUGUAAUGACAGUCUACAGAUACAUUGUUGUGGUUCACCAUUUCAGUAACUUGAACAAACAAAAGAUGCAGACUGGGAUUUUGGUUUCUGCUUUUAUGUGGAUGUUAAGUAUUGUGGCAGCUUUGCCUUCUCUCCUUCAUACUACUGUCAUAGUUAAUUAUGAAGACGAUUUUUUAAGUUGCCGUUAUGAAACACACGUGUGGCAGACCAUCUCAACUUUUCAACAAAACAUUUUCUUCCUGGUUACCUUCGCAGUGAUGGCCUUCUGUUACAUUCAGAUACUAUCUAAAAUAAAACAGACUCAAUAUAAGACCAAAAACAGAGCAGUGAAGUUAGUUUUUUCAAUUGUUGCUGUAUUCUACAUUGGCUGGAUCCCAUAUAAUGUGGUAAUUUUUCUGAAAAUUUUAGAAGAUAAUUUAGUUCCACCAUUUGAUGAGUGUCAGGCAGCAAUCUAUUUGGAGUAUGCAUUUUGUUUUUCUCGCCUAGUCGCCUUCUCCCACUGCUGUUUGAAUCCUGUGUUUUAUGCUUUUGUGGGUGAGAAAUUUAGGAGCCACUUGAAAUCAGUGUUGUGUUGUUUCUUCACCCGUAAAACUGUGAAAGAGGAGCAGCGAGGGACAAUGGACCUUCCAAACUCCCAAGGAUCACUGUAGUAGUGCACUGUGUAGCUUUUGUCUUAAAUUACUGCACAUUUUUAUUAAUUUGAAAAUGAUUGUUAGAUUUAAAUGAAGUUAGAUUUCAUUCAAUGGUCAAUGUUGUCAUGCUGUCAUGCUUUAUGUAAUGAAUUAUGAUCAAUAAAAUUUUGGAAAGUUGUAUAAAGUUACAAUACAUCAACAAACAACAAUUGUGAGUGCAUGAAGCAUAUCCAGCCACUAUUCCUUUUCAUAGAUUCAACCAACUUAGCAGUAAGUAAUCAGACUGGUUAACUUGAUUUAUUCCUGAGGGGUGUCAGAAUCCAGAAAUCAUUUAUUUUCACUGAUUUGAUUCACAAAUGCAAAUAUCUACACAGCUAAUUCAAUAGUGUUAAUUCAACACAAUACUAUUUCUGCAAAAUCCAACUGACAGCAGGAAUUACUUUUUUAAAGUAAAUUUUUCAAUGCAAGCAGCUGAUGGAUGAAUCAAGAUCUUCUUUUGAAUGGAAUUCAGGCUCAUCUUCAAAAAUGAGAGGAGCGUGUCUGACUGUUUGAAACAAGAUCCUCUCUCCAUUAUAUAAACAUAACAAUGUUCACAAUAGCGGCAGUCCCGCUAAAAAUGAAACAUUAACACUGCAGAAACAUUUUACCUCAAGAGUCAGUCUUUCACUCUUGGGGUUUCUUUUGACACAUCCAACGUCCAUGUUGUAGACAGUUCUUUGAAUACAGGUUUGUGAGAGUCUGAGGACCAAGUGCCUUGAAGUGUUCACCAAAUUCAGCCAGGUCAACGAUGACAUAAAAAAGCUUUGUCCUUCCCACUUCAGUCACAGGUUGAAAGGCCAUCCAGGCUCAACCAGCAAGAAAUGUGUCCAUAUAAAUCUGUGAAAUAAAAUAUAGAAUAAAUAUAACAUUCACGUAACCACCUUGCAAAACGGCCUAUGCAAUAUUUAAUAAGUACAUUUAAUGAAUAAAAAUUAAAAAGUCAAUAUAUUAUGGUACAUAUAUCAUUAUUUGUUUAUUCCUAUUAAGCAGGUUAUUUUGUUGCAUGAGCUGUAUGUUUUUGUAUAAGGAACCAUUCAAAUAAAUAACUUGAAGGGUAAUUUGAAAAAAUUUAGCCCCUUAGAAAAGAUUAUUUUUAAAUCCAACACUCACAAGAAACAAAACACCUAAAUGCCAUUAAUCAUGAAAAUAGAAUGAGAGUAAGGCAAAAAUUACAACUACUUAACACAUAUAUAAAAUUCAAUUAGUGUAAUAUUAGUGGUGAGGUUACAUUUCAGUUCUACAUUUAACCAUUUCAUGACAUACCUGCAAAUCUCUGACGAGAUGGUUAAUGGCUUGAGCCUUUAUCUUUCCACUGUAGCCUAUAGGAGCUGGGGAUGCAUGUGAACUAGCAGCAAGAC